CGCCCUCUCGCUGCCUGGUGCGCGGAGGCGAGCGCGGGGGAGAGGAGCCGCGGGCGCCGCAGCCGCCGUCAGGGUAUGAGGAUGGCCGUGGGCUCCGUCAAGAUGCAGCCGCCCUGCGAGAGCCCGGCCCUGGCCGCCGCGGCGGCGGUGGCGGCGGCGGACAGCGCCCUUCGCCGCAGCCCCAGCGCCCGCGAGCCGGAUCUUGAGCAGCCGCCGGCUUCGCUGCGGCCGCGGCUAAGGGACCUGCCGGCGCUGCUGCGGAGCGGGCUCACGCUGCGGAGGAAGCGGAGCGCUGCUGGGGGCCGGACUCUAUCGAGAAGAAUCUCCAAUCCAUACCUUGAACAUACUUCUUCCCAGAUUUAUGGGGAGAAUUCUUCUUGUGCUGGAAGAGCGUUAAGGAAUAUCAUUAUCGUUCAGGCAGCUGACCUGAUAAAGGACAGAGUAAACCUCAAGGGAUUUUACAGGAGAAGCUGUGUUGGGUCAGAACUGGUAGACUGGCUUCUGGAACACUGUCCUUUUGUCCAGUGCAGAUCUAUGGCUGUAGGGGUCUGGCAGCUCCUCCUGGAUAUGGGAAUUAUGUCAUCAGUGGACCAGCACUUAUACUUUCAAGAUACCUAUGUUUUCUAUCAGUUUUCAUCUGAUGAAUGUAGCUACUUGUACUGUGAAUUUGAAAGAGAAGAAGAAUGGCAAAAUGGUGUCAAACUUCUACUGCAACUUGUGCCUCUCAUUCCCACCAGAGCUGGCAUCUGUGAACUGUCUCAUCAGAAAAUCGAAGACACAGAAGAAAGCAGUGACGAAAUUCUUGCUCGCUUAACAUCUGCGGUUCAGAGAGAGCUCGCAGCUGUUAUUGCUUUGAAGGCAAAGAAAUCUGCAAUUGAACAAGAUGAAGAAAACAGUGACAAACACGUAACUGUGACAGACGCUGAAGGGGUUCCAGCUUCUCAGGCGGGGGUGAUGUGCAAGCUUCAGGAGAGAGAUGACAUCGGACGAAUUGAACUGGUCCAGAAGUUGGCGAGAGAAAACUAUCAGUUUUUGCAGACAGACAAAAAGGAACAGGAGAAGUCUGAACACCAGGAUGAUGAAGUGACGACUGUGAGAGAGCAAGAGCAGAACGUCCUGGUGCUGAAGAAAGUGCUGUGCUGUGGCCCAGCCCCCCCGGGCGGGAGCGCGGACAGCGAUUGGAGAUAUGUGGUCGUGUCCGGGACCCCGGAGAAGAUUUUGGAGCACAUUUUGAAUGACUUGCACCUGGAAGAAGUCCAGGACAAAGAAACAGAGACCCUCCUUGAUGACUUCCUUCUCACGUACACUGUCUUCAUGACAACUGAUGACUUGUGCCAGGCGCUGCUGAGGCACUAUUCUGCUAAGAAGUAUCAAGGCAAAGAAGAAACCUCAGAUGUUCCUUGUCGAAAACGUAAGGUCUUACAUCUUGUUUCCCAGUGGAUUUCUCUGUACAAAGACUGGUUACAUGAAGAUGAACAUUCAAAAAUGUUUUUAAAGACCAUAUACAGGAACGUACUGGAUGAUGUAUAUGAAUAUCCAAUACUUGAAAAAGAAUUGAAAGAAUUUCAAAAGAUACUUGGAAUGCACCGUCGUCACACUGUAGAUGAAUAUUCACCACAAAGGAAGAAUAAAGCCCUUUUCCACCAAUUCAGUCUUAAGGAGAACUGGCUCCAGCAUAGAGGAACUGUGACUGAAACAGAGGAGAUUUUUUGCCACGUGUAUAUAACGGGGCACUCCUACGUCAGUGUGAAAGCGAAAGUUUCCAGUACAGCCCAAGAGAUCCUGAAAGUUGUGGCAGAAAAGAUCCAGCAUGCAGAAGAGGAUCUGGCUCUGGUGGCCGUCACAUUCUCCGGGGAAAAGCAUGAACUUCAGCCUAAUGACUUGGCCAUUUCCAAAUCCCUGGAAGCAUCUGGUCGGGUAUAUGUCUACCGGAAGGACCUGGCUGAUACUUUGAACCCAUUUGCAGAAAAUGAGGAAUCACAGCAAAGGUCGAUGAGGAUUUUGGGAAUGAAUACUUGGGAUCUUGCUCUGGAAUUAAUGAAUUUUGACUGGAGUCUCUUCAAUUCAAUUCACGAGCAAGAGCUGAUCUACUUCACGUUCAGCAGACAAGGAAGUGGGGAGCAUACUGCGAACCUCAGCCUUCUGCUCCAGAGAUGCAACGAAGUCCAGCUCUGGGUAGCCACGGAGAUUCUGCUCUGCAGCCAGCUGGGCAAGCGAGUGCAGCUGGUGAAAAAAUUCAUCAAAAUUGCCGCUCACUGCAAAGCCCAGAGAAACCUGAAUUCUUUCUUUGCAAUUGUGAUGGGCCUCAACACUGCUUCUGUCAGCCGGCUGUCACAGACCUGGGAGAAAAUUCCUGGGAAGUUUAAGAAACUUUUCUCUGAACUUGAAAGUUUAACGGAUCCUUCUCUGAAUCACAAAGCCUACAGAGAUGCAUUCAAAAAGAUGAAGCCACCCAAAAUCCCUUUCAUGCCCUUAUUGCUCAAAGAUGUAACUUUUAUUCAUGAAGGAAAUAAAACAUUUUUGGAUAAUCUUGUCAAUUUUGAAAAGCUGCAUAUGAUUGCAGACACUGUCCGAACCCUGAGACACUGCAGGACCAACCAGUUUGGAGGUGACAUGUCUCCAAAAGAGCACCAAGAGUUGAAAUCCUACGUUCAUCAUCUGUACGUCAUCGAUAGCCAGCAGGCCCUGUUUGAGCUCUCGCACAGGAUCGAGCCUCGGGUGUGAGCCCCGCCACCACCGCCUCACGUCCCCUGUAACUGCCGCACUUUGAGCUACGGGAAUGUCAAUGCCAAGCGUGUCACUUUCCUGUGAGAAAAGAAGUUGCUGAGUUUUAUCAGUAAAUCACAAGACAUACACGGGAAAGCCAACCAAAGCGUGCUCAGGAAGUGACGUGAGCCACCCGAGACGGGGAGAGGCCUCUCCUCGCUGCUCGCAGAAGCAGGAGGCAGAAGAGUCAGAAGGCUUCUUGAAAUGGAGAGGUCUGGUUUCUUGUGUUGACAUUGUUGAUCCCAUCCAGUUUUCAAUUUGAGCUGUGCCGGCGUCAAGACAAGAGAACAUGUGUUAUUAUACAGUGAUCAGAUACAUCAGCAAGAGUGUGCAUGAAACAGGGAGAUUUACUCUGCCUGGGUAGAUUACUGUUGGUAGGCUGUCAAGUAGCUUGUUUGAACACCUGAAGACAGUGAUGGCAUCUCUAGAUUUCCAGGGAGAAGGAGUGGUCUCUGUUUAUACAAACUGUGACAUCACCAAAAGCCCCAUGUGUCUAGGGAGGUAGUGGAGACCAGCAGCUGACAUCCAUGCUUUGAUUUCCAAAAGGGAAAUGUCAAGGCAUGCAUUUCAUUGCAUCUACAAUCACUUAUGGAUGUCCGCUUGCAGGUGAAAUUCUUUUCUGCACAACUGAUUUGCAACUAUAGGCAAGUUAGAUUAAGUUGCUUUGCCAAUAAGGAAAAAUAGGAAUCUUUAGGAAAUUGACUCAUUCUUUAAUUUCCAGGGUGUCACCUCCUACUGGGAACAAUAUGAUUUUUGAAAGAACACAGUGCCUGACAUCUAGGCGUUUUGUAGCUGUUUAUUGAGGUGGCAGAGUUACAAAGGUCUGCUUUCUUGUGCCUGAUGAUGCCCUAGUGUUUUCCAUGCCUCCAGCAGGCUCCUUGCCCACAGCAGCCAAUCCAGGGAGGGUAAGUGGGAUUGGACAUGCAAAGCACUGGCACUCCCUGGGGAAGAGUACGGUGUUAAGAUCGUGGUGAUGCCCAUCUUACAGCAAAUGAGAAGAACCCCAAAAUAUCCAGAUGUCUGAUUUAUGUUAGACACUUACAAGUCUUAUAGUUCACCUCCCAACCAAGACCGAGACUCUUCCUGUAAUUUGUCUUUUUUUUUUUUCAGAGUCUUUUAAGUCUUUUUUAAUGCCCAUUUUUAUAAGCUAGGGCUCCUCCAGUAAAUAAGAUUCUUGCUAAUCCCAAGAAUUGGUUAGAGUUCCUUCAACCUUCAAAUGAACAAAACAAAAAAUCUUGUGGGAUACAACAAGGACACCCACCCCUGCCAGCUAGAUAAUUGUCACGUUGCUAAAAUGCAAGGGCCCAACUUCAGGUGUCAAGUCCAUUCUUUUUUCCACACAUGUAAAAAUCCUGGUGCACUUCUCAUCAUUCCCGCCUGCUUGUCUCUCAGGUGCGCUCUCAGAACUGCUCCCUUUGGUCUCAUCAGCACCCCAUUCCUGAGCUGUGUCCAGUGCUUUCUGACACCCUGGUAGCAGUGCUGUUUCCUGGGCUCAGGAGCCACACUGAGCUUGAGAAAUCACUGGUGGAAGGAACCAUGGGGAGAAGAUUUUUGGUAGGACUUUCAGAGAGAUUCAGUCUGUCCCAGCUUGUAAAACACCUCAGUCCUGAAAACUAACAGGAUCUUAGAGAAAGGCACCCUCCAGGGCUGGUCCACUCACAGAAAUGCCCCAGGCUGCUGGGAAUGGAACGAGACCCACCGGAGGAGACCAGCGCCAUCGGAACCGGGGCAGACAGAUGUCUCGCACGUCUGCUCAAACACUGGAGAAGCUCUCCCCUUGGCGAUCACUGAGGCUAGAGUGGGCUUACAGCACACGCAUACUUUUCCCUUAUGCUGGGCCAGUCUAAUCAUGUCAGGCCACUUUUGACAGUCUUCAUGUUUUACAACUUACAUUUUUAUUCACGUCAGAUCUACAGUGUUCUAUCUACAGCUGUUUCAGUUGUUCCAGUGAAGAAGUAUUUCAGCAUAGCACCUGCUGCUUAGCCCUCAAUUCAGAUAUGUACACAGCCAAACAGAUCCACACAUGCAUCAGCUUUAAACACGUUUUGAUGGUGUCAGGAGAGUACUCACACGGCCUGGGUGGAAACAGGCUGGGGAGAAAAUGGUGCUUGCCCACGGUUUCCUCCAGUUGUGGUCAGGUGGCUCUCAGGGCGGCAAAGGGAAGGGAGGAUCCCGUUUAAUUUAGAUUAGCUUUUCCAUUCCCGUCUUCUGACUGUCAAAACCUCCAAAUCUUUCUGAAAUUUAAUAACUGUCUCCAGACGUUUCCCAGGCGGCAGCUCCCUGAAAUUUCAGAAACUCUGAGAAGACGUAAAUCUGGAAUUAAAGAAUUCAAUGCAAAAUCGUGGAAGCCAUUUAGCUCAACACGAAGCUCUUUCUAACAAAUCUGCACUGUCCAAGAACGAGCAGGCCACUGCGGGGCUUAGCUCCUGUAACACGGAGGAGCUGAUUCCUUCUGCAAAUAUUUGCCAAGGUCUCUUUGGAAUAGGUUUUGUUCUGGCUAGAAGGGUGGACUGGAAGAUAUCUAAGCUCCUUUCCAGCUUUUUUAGAUUUUUACGAUUGCAUAACAUCUGCAUUCACGCUGAAAAUCUGUAAUCUGCCACCUUCACUGGCAAGUGGUGCACAGGUAUUUCUAAGUGGGUUCUUUUUGCUACAGCAAAACUCUCAAGACAGCCCUGCGGGCCUGUGGAUUCAUCAGCAUCCCAGCAAAACAGCCCUGCUGAGAAGGUAGCACAGCACAAGCUCCUGUAGGCAAAAUCACAACCUUUUCGAGUGUGUGUUUUCCAUACACAUUUGCAAAUGCUCCAAAGACUACCACGUGUGAAAUUCACUCUUUGUUAUCAUCUGUACAAUUGCCAAAUGGUUGUAGUCAUAAAUAUUAUGGCCUGCAUCCACUUUCUCCUAGUAUCAUUAAUUAUGUUUAGAAUAAAUUCAUUUUCCUGGAUCCCUAUCCACAGACUAGUCAGGUGGAGCGUACAUUGACCUCAGAAGCAUGAGGAUAAAGUAAAAACCCACCCCUCCCAGUUGGAAGGGAGAAGACGUCGCACUAAGGCACACCUGCCUCCGAGUGGGAGAAACACUUGCGUGAAAGAGAGGGUGCCAGUGACUUCAGGUCCCCAGGGCUGGGCUUUCCCUGCUGUCCCAGUCCCAGCCAUCACGUACCCCACAAAUCCCAAACUUCAUAUUUCUAAAUGGCAUGACGACUCCAAGCUUCUCAGAAACUAGGCAAAAACAUGAAAAUGAGGGGACGACCAGGUGCACUGCAGUUAUCUAACAUGGAGUUUCUUUUAAUGCUUCAAACAUGUCCUUAAAAUUUCAGCCUGCUUAUUAAUGAGUGGGCCAUUGUGCUUCAAACUAGUAGGGGAACACCGUUUUUAAAAAUUGCCAAAAAGUUAGAUGAAAAUGUACUGCUGUAUAAAGCAAAGCUGUAUAGAGUAACCAUUUUCUAGCAGAGUA